AUGCGAGCGAGACGAAACCGAAGAGCGAGGACCCGACAUUUCUGGAGACGAAAGCAUCUGCAGUGUUCCGGCUUCCAUGAUGGCCCUAACCCGAAGGAACUUCUAGCGGCCGCAGGGCCUCCGGCGCGGAGCCGCUGCGGUGCGGAGCGAGCGCCGCCUGACGAGUUGGAGAUCGAAGCGGAGGAGAACGAAGCGCAAACGGCCGCGGCACAGGAACUCGAGGAGGAGCCCAAGGAUUGCGAGUUUCGUCUUUAUUUGGUCACCGCAGACAAAGAGAUGGAGCUGCUUUCAAGAGUCCAAUUCAAGAUAGCAACGAUCAACUUCACUGCUGACCAGAGCGCAUUGGACGAUUUCUUUUUGGCACGUCUCGCUCAGCAAGGGGAGGCGAUGGAACUCCUGAGUUUCGUGCAGAACCAGCGCGAGUUCUUAAUGUUGGAGGAUCAGCUGCUCUCCCAGCUCACUGAGGGGGAGACUCAGACCGGCGAGUUGUUCGAAGAGGAGGUGACGCUGGCCGCGGUGGCCACGAGCUUCGGCCGAGUCCAAGAGCUCCGCGAGACCCUUGGGGAGGCGCUGAUGAGUUUGCAAGCUGGGCUGGAGAAGACGCGGAGCAUCUACAGCGACCUGGCGGAGCAUUGCACGCGGCUUUUCCAAUCCCUGGACGGCAUCGCGACCUGCCUCGGUGGCGCGCCCUUCCUUUGCUCCCUGGUGGACAUCGGCGAGUCGGCCAGCGCCGCUUGCCAAGCGCUGCUGAAGCAGCAGUCCCUGGCGGCCUUUGGACAGGACACGCUUCUAAGCACCGCGGCCUCCAUGAUGGUCCUGACCAGCAGUUCCCUGUGGGCUGUGGCCUCUCGCGUCUUGCGGCGCUUUGCUUGGAGCUUCUUCCGACAUCAGCUGCCUCUGCUGCUCAUCCACACGGCCCUCCUCAUGGAGCCACAGGAGCCGUCGCUGCUGGACUUCCUGCUCUCGGGAAAGCUCUCGCUAGCUCUGGAGAGGCGCUCGAGCUCCGAUCCUCCGAGAAGGAGCCCCGACCUGGGCCUCUGGCCAACGCCCGUCUGGAGGAGCAUCUGUGCUUUGGCCGAGCUCCACACACCGCUCCGAGACCUGCCGACACACAUCCAAGAGAAUCUCGACUCUUGGAGGAAAGCUUUGCAUGAUGUCUCCUCAGUUGAGCUUUCUGCCUCCACGGCCUCCUACAGCUCCUGCUACCCCGCUCCAUUCAACGAGCUGUCCUCGAGCUUUUCGAGGCUUCUGCUGGUCUCCACCCUGCAGCCGGCUUUGGCGUCUCGAGAGCUGCUCCUCUACUCCUUGGAGGUCCUCCGUGGAGGCGACGAGGACGAAGGGAUGGCCGUGGAGGUGAGUGGGCCGGUGCCCUUGGAGGAGGCGCUGAACUCGGCGCUGCUCCUCUCGGACCGGAACCGUGGCGGCGGCGGAGCGGAGCAGAAAGAAGAAGGGAGGCGGAACUCCGAAGCACCCGCGCCGCGGAAGAAGUCGGUGAUGCUCGCCGCUGAUGAAGGGUCUGAGGAGCGGACCGCGGCACUGCCGAGCUCGGCCUCGCGGAAGAUGUCCUUCCGGAAGAAGCUUCCGGCAGAGGCACCGGAGACCUCUGUUUCGAAAAGCCCGCGGAAGAAAUCCAUGGUGGAUGGACAGCUGGAGUCUUCCGCAUCAAUCUCGUCACGGGUCUCGAAGUCCUCUGGCGUUGGCCUGGAGAGGAAAAAGUCCAUGGCAGAUCCGCCUUCGCCCGGCGGCGGGGGCGACGGCGGAAGCCCACGAAGCCCGAGCAUGGGGAGGAAGAUGGAGAGGAAUCGCUCGAUGGUGGAUCGAUCCGGCACGAACACCUUGUCACGCACCGGAUCCGCGGAAUCCCUGGCACUCGAAUCGGAUGCUGGCACGGUGGCGGGCGAGAGUGACUUCGGAGUGAGCGCUCGCAGACGACGAAGAGAGGCGAGGCCAAAGAAAGGUGUGACGCGGCCGUUGCUCUUGGUGACGGCCUUGGACGUGGAGCCGGGGCGCGUCCUCUCGCAGCUCGCGGCGGCCCAGCCGCUGGAGCAGUUCAUCGGCGCGAAGCAACAGGAGCUGAGGGUGAUCAACUGUGGGAAGUGGCAGGCGCGUGAGGGCGGCGCCCUGGUGCAGAGCAUCCAGGACGCCUACAAGCGCGGCAGGUGGUUGCUCAUUGAGCACAUCCACCUGGUGCCCUCUUGGCUGCCCCACUUGGAUGCCCUCUUGGCAACGAUCCUGGAGGAUGGGCCGGACUUCUUUGACCGCUCCCAGGGCUCCGCCUUGCCGGGCUUCCGGCUUUUCCUCUCCGUGCCCUCGGACACGGAGAGGGUCCGUCUUCCGGCUGCCUUGAUCCUCAAGUGCGUGCGGGUGGCCUGGGAGCUGCCGUGCGGAUCCAAGGCUCUUCUACAGCGUGCAGGCGCCAUCAGUAAAGCAAAGGAAGCGAAAGGAGCCAAGGAGAAUCGUUCCCUCUGGGAGAGCUGCUCUGGCAUUGACCAGGGCCGCUUGCUGCUGGUCUGCUUGGCUCGGUUCCAGGCGCUGCUCCAAGAACACCGCUCUUGCAAUCAGGAGAUGGCCUUCCACGUGGCCUUGCAGCUCUUCGAAGACCUCUGCACGGUGCACUCGCAGAGGCCAAGGUCGGAGAAGUCGGAGAAGCCUGUGGAGGGCUCGGAUCGCUUGUCGGCGGAACUUUGCUACCACGUGGCGCAGGUGUUUAACGGCUUUGCGAGCGAGAUCUCUCGGCGAUGUCUGGUCGCCCUCUUCCAGGCCCUCCGCGAGCAGACGCCCAUGUCCAAGAGCGCCGCUUCCGUGCACAUGGAUUUUCAGAAGCAAAGCUUCGAGUCGGCCUUGGAUUUCCUGAGUCAGAACGAGCUCGGCUCCUUAAGCCUCCAGGAGGCGGGCGAAACGCAGCAGCGGCUUCUGCCGCUGCUGCGUUCGGAAGAGCUCGGUCUCGGCUCCAACAGAGAACGCAACGAAACGACGACCCUCGGCCGAAGGCCGAGCGCGGAAGGCCACGGCGCGCGAGUGGGGCCGACGGGGCCGGCUCCGGGCGGCUUGGCUUUGGCUUUGGCCCUCCAUCUCCUCGAGGAGCUCCCUGUGGCCGUUGCUUCCGCCGCCGGUGCCAGCAGUGGCAGCGAGAGCUCCGGAGAGGAGGAGGAGGCUUUGCCACGUGCCGUGGCGAUGUCGCUGAACAGCUUCCUCCAACGAGAACUUCUGCAAGCGACUCGCUUGCUUGGAAACGUCCGGCAGGGCCUGGAGGAUCUGAUCGCCCACUUGGAAGGUGAGUCCUUCUCAGAUGACCUGGAGGCCAUGUUGGAGACGCUCUUGGCGGGCUCGGUGCCCGAGUCCUGGAGGAGCUUUGGACUGGUGGCCCCUCGCCGAGCCCUGGCCGCCUGGACAGAGGACGUCGCCCGUCGCGUGGGAGCACUGCGCGCCUGGGAGCUCAGCGGAAAGGCCCCAUGUUGCUUCUACCUGUCCGACUUCUUGAAUCCGAAAGGCUUCCUCGUCGCGACACUCCAAGGGACUGCCCGAUUGCGACGAUCCUCCGUUGAGAGGAUGCACUUCCAACAUCGAGUGGAGCAUCUGCUUUCCAAUGCAGAAGAGGUCCGGCAGCAGUUGAAGGCUGAUCAUGCUUUGCUGGAUGUGUCUUUCGAAGGUGUCUUCCUAGCGGGGCUCUGGCUCGAGGGCGCCUCCUGGAGCCGACGGAAAGGGAUCUUGGAGGAGAAGGAGGUGCACUCGCGCUUCCACCAGCGCUGGUCGGCCCUGCCGGUCAUCCGCUUUAACCCCGUUGAUGGCCCAGCGCAGGAGCCCUUGCCUCCACCUCGCGAAUCCGCGCGUGGGCCGUCGAAAGGGCCAGCGCAGGUGUCAGGAAGAGUGCAGGAG